UCGGUGUAAGUUCAAAUUCACUGAUACCAUCAUCUCGUAGUGAAAAACUGAACAUGUUUGGUGUGGUAAAUGUGGUUUCAAUCAAAUUAUAAACGCGUUGUUUACAUUUGGUUCGCCUAGAAGUAACAUUGAAGCAGAAUAAGAGAAGAAUUUAAAUUUUUAUAAUGGCACCAAGUUACAAAUUGCUAUAUUUCAAUUUUACCGGAAGAGGAGAACCACUUAGGCUGCUUUUGGCUUAUGGAGGAAUCCCUUUCGAGGACAACAGAUUUGAAUGGGAUGACUGGCCAAAAAUAAAACCAACCACACCUAUUGGACAAGUUCCAGUCCUGGAAAUUGAUGGAGUAAAAUACACUCAAACUACACCACUUUGCAGAUAUUUAGCACGAGUGCUCAAGCUCGAUGGCAAAGAUAUGUUAGAAGAUUUGGCUAUAGAAACCGCUGUUGAAAUGCUUUGGGAUAUACUUAAAACUGCUUAUGAACGCAAAUUUGAACCUGAAGAAGAAAGAAAGAAGCAAAUAUUGGAUAAACUGCAUGGCCAAAUGACCGUGUUGUUAGGAAAACUUGACGAGGAUACCAAGAAAAAUGGAUACAUUGCAUUAAACAGGAUAACUUGGGCUGAUUUGAUAUUCCUUUGUGUGUACGAAGACUUGCAAAACUUUUUGGCAGGUGAAGAUCCGUUCAAGAAAUACCCCAAUCUGGAAAACCUGAAGAAUAAGCUCCUUAAAAAUAAAAAUCUUCAGGAAUAUCUCCUGAAAAGACCCUCCAACACCGUCAAUACUGCUUACGACUUGAAAAGUGAUAUAUAAAUUGUGAAUAAUAUGAACAAGUUUGAUUUGUUUAAAUAAAUAUCUAAAUGUCUUAACGGUUGUUGAUUAUUUUUAAGAUUUAUUAAUUUUUUGUCCAA